AUGGCAUACCGCACCCUUACCCUCCUUUCUCUGGUUCUCUCUUCUACUCUUGCCCAGGAUUCCGACCUCGUCGGUUGCAAGGCAGUCUCAUGUCCCAUUGAGAGCACUGAAGACCGCUGCACUGUUUCCGAAGACACCUUCUUAGGUAUUGGCACUGCUCCUAUUCCAGACGUCCCGUCGUCGCUCGAAGGCCUGUCCCUAGUUAAGGGCGUCAAUCUCACCGUUGAAGAGGGAGAGGCCUCUGAGAAUGCCCGUGAGUUCAAAUCAGUCUACUACCUCGGCAUCCCGUCGGAUCUAGAAGUAAAUGACCUGGCUGGCUGCGCUGUCUUCUUCAACAAUCCACCCGCCAAGACAUUUCGGUACCCGACAGAGCUAGCGGGCCCGAGAGACGACAACGGAGAAGCUCAGAAUGUUACCGAUACCGCUGCUGCUAGCGGGACAUGCUCGGAGAUUAUUGAUCAAGCGUGCAUUGACAGGCUUACGGAGCGGGCGCGCGACAUUAUCAACGAUGCGGAUGGCGACGGUUGCGCACAGUUGGAGGAUGAGUUGAACAACAGCUCGUUCGAUGAAUGCAGCGCUAGCUGGCUUGGAAGUAGCACGCUGGGAAACUUGACCGCUACUCCGCUCGCAAAUCUGCAGACAAUUAGCGGCUCGCAGAACUCCUCGUCAGACUGUUGGCCCGUUGUGUCCAAGUCGGAUAACUUGUCGGAGAUUGCAGAGGAUACCGCUUACGGAAACGAUACAGAAGCCGCAUAUACGCAGCAGGUCUACAAAAUCACCCCCGUGCUGACCGUAUUCUCCGGGAACGGAGACAACAAUCUGGUGGACGAGACCACUUCCCAGAUGACAUGCCUUAAGAUCGUCAAGGACAGGCCUGCAGAGGACUAUGAAGGUGGUGAAGAGGGCGCGGCAUUCCAAACCAGACCUAGUCUGCUCGGUGCAGGCGUGGUUACUCUCAUGGCAGUCCUACUUGCGGGGCUGUAG